GGUACGAACGAGAGGAGGGCGCCAUAGCGAGUAAAAUGGCGGCGCAGACGGACGUGUUGCCGGUCCCGCUCUCGGGCAAGUUUAAGGGAUCCUUUGCAUAUGAUACAAUUAAAGACAGGCUGCCUGAAAUCCUGACUAGAGUUAUUGAUACUCUGCAUCGACAUAGAAAUGAAUUCUUUGAAGAACAUGGAGAAAAAGGUGUUGAAGCAGAGAAGAAAGCUAUAGCCUAUCUCUCCAAGUUACGUAAUGAGCUGCAGACAGACAAGCUAUUGAUUGCUUUGACUGAUAACCUGCCUGAUACUGCCCUGUGGAACCAGUACCUAGAAUAUCAGCAGAAUUUAUCGUAUGGACCACCAAGCUGGUUUAAAUCACCUUGGUUAUAUAUUGAAUGUUACAUGUAUCGUAGAAUUCAUGAGGCAUUAGUUCUAAAUCCUCCCAUCAGUGAUUUUGAUGUAUUUCAUGAAGAAAAGGUACAUGGUUUCUUCGAAUCUCAGCAAGCUAUUAUUGUUUUAACUUCAUACCUCCAAGAACUGCUGAAAAAUAUAUCAAACGUAGAUGAAAAACUUCUUCAGGGGGAAUUUUUAAAGCUUUUGCAGGUUUCACUGUGGGGCAAUAAGUGUGACUUGUCAAUAUCAGGUGGUAAAGAUAAUUCUCAGAAGUCAGAUCCCUUGGAAACUUUGGAAGAGUUAAAAUCUUUUAUUUUGGUGGAUCACAUGGAAAAGAUUUGGUCACUGCUUAUAAAUGCAAAGAAAAUGAAUUCACGGACCACUACUAGAAUUGACAUAGUCCUGGAUAAUGCUGGAUUUGAACUUACUGCUGAUCUUGUACUAGCUGACUUUUUGGUAUCAUCAAAGCUGGCUACUGAAAUUCAUUUUCAUGGGAAAAGUAUUCCAUGGUAUGUAUCAGAUACUACAGUUCGUGACUUUAACUGGACUAUUAAACAAAUGCAGUCAGCUAAUCAUAAGUGGAUGUCCAAGUGUGGCAUGUGCUGGGGGGGCAAAAUGAAAAAUGGCAUUUGGGUUUACCAUGAUCACGUUUUCUGGACUUUGCCACAUGGAUUUUCGAGCAUGGCUCAGGUUGCUCCUGAUUUGUAUGCUGAGUUACAGAAGUCAAACUUAAUUCUUUUUAAAGGAGAUCUGAACUAUAGGAAGUUAACAGGUGACCUAAAAUGGGACUUCACAGUGCCAUUCCAUCAAGCCUUGAAUAGUUUUCAUCCUGCCCCCCUCUGCAGCUUAAGAACAUUAAAAUCUGAUGUUCAGGUUGGAUUGCAACCUGGGCAAGGUGAGCGGUUUAUGAAUACUGAACCUGAAUGGAUGAUAAUUGGGAAAUAUGGUAUAGUCCAGUUUGAUACUUCUUCAUGAUUGACUUAAAUGAUAUGAAGGAUAUGACACUGUGCUAAAUGCUGUUGUUGCUAAGCGAGGUUAAAAGAUGACUGGCUUUCAAUAUGCAUGUUCUCUUUUUUCUUCAAAGUGUCUUACUGUUAUUUUUAAAGUGGUAUACAAUUGUGACACUUUAAGAGACUGUUCUGAUAUUUUCUUCCAAAAUAUAGAAGAUACUAAAUAUUUUAUUCUGUAAAAUAUUCUGCUUUAUAAUUGAAGAAUGCCCCAGACAGUGACAGAUGCUUUAAUAACUGUCAUUCAGGCCUCAUUAAUUUUACCGUACGUGCAGUGGAAUGUCGCUAACAGGCUUGAAUUCCUGUAGCAAAGUCUUACUUUAAAGCUACUUGAGUUUAUUGACUGUAUCGUAAAUAAUUGAUUAAAAUGACAUGUAAAUAUAC